AUUAACGAUAGCAUUCAAAGCGCUAUGCACGGCACGGAUAACUCUGAAGACUUUUGGGAGGAUGUGUACGAGCAUCCUAUGGCUGACUUUCUUAGGCAAUACGAACAAUGGGCAUGCACCCAGAAUCAAACUGUAAGAAAGCAAGUACGCAAGAUGAUCCUCCGGGGCCUAGUUGCUGUGACCGGCAAAAAAGAUAUUGUGAUGAACUACCACAACUAUGAAACAUCCGUCAUCGAAACGUAUGGGGUGCGCCUUGUGGGCUGGCCCAAUGGUGUCAAGUUCACUAGCCCUUCGAACAUCGGGACCGUCGGCGACAUUCGCAAGCUCCGGGAUGCCCUCAAGGCACGUACGUGCUACUGGACAGUUCUAUCACCGGCAGAGCUCAAAGCUCACGCGUCUGAACUCGACACGCGUUCAGCCGGGGAAGUCGUUCGGAAGCCACGAAAAAAGCGUUCGGAUGCUGGCGUACCUCGCAAGCGUAAAGACGGGUCCAGCGCAGGACGGGUAAACAAGGAGAAUAUCAGGCCUUCGAAGAGAGCAAAGAAGAACUCUACCCAGCUGCAGGAAGGUCCCAAAAGCGCUGAGUUUGUAGAGUCUUCUGACGAAGAGGAGGAGGGGCAUGAGUAGUAGUAUUGCAUUGCCUUAGUCUACAUUGUAUGACUCAUAUACGUAUCCCAAUCAUUACUAGUGAAUUGUUUGUCAAAACGCGCUCUUAAUCCGACCACCUUGAAGUGAGAUACUCGAGCUCGUCGUGUGACACGACGAGCUCGAACGUUCCAUCACUAUGCGACGUUGGGCACGCUAUAUAAAGUCCCUAGCUAUCCAGGAGAUAUUGGAGGAGGCCCUGAUCAUUAUUCCGCCUGAUCUUACAGGUGCGACACAC